AUGGAGAAUGACAAGAGUGUGAUUAGCAUGCCGGCAUGUCACAAUCAUCUGCUACCUCAUGCUCAAAGCAGACCGAGUCUUCGAUUUUGGUUGAGUCCAAGGACCAAUGUGCACAAAAGACUGGGCCCACGACCUGACAUUGGCGCCUGUCUAGGCCCACAAGGAAAUGUUCAUGAGAGGUUAGGACCUCAGGGAGGUCAAUGUAUUGACCCUCGUAAUGAGGUUCAUGAAGAAAGGCGCUGCACAGUCUACUCCCGAAAAACCAAUUCCCAUCGACAAGCCAUAGGGAAUCCCUUGCAGGUGUAG